UUCUAUUUAUUAAUGGCGCCUUCUGCUUGUCAGCUUCCGGCGCAAUUAAUAAAUAGUGCUUAUUGUUUAUUUAUAUUUUCUCAAAUUAUGUCGAUUAAUCAAUGCUAUAAUAAUUUUGUUUUAUUAUGUAUAAUGUAAGGAUUAAGCUACUAGAAUCUUAUUUUACUGAUCUAGCUAGGUUAUCUGCUGCUUAUCAACUUCCGGUGUAAUAUAUUAAUCUUUAAUAUUUAAUGUUACAUAAUCCUGUAUUAUUAAAUAAUAUUUGUCCGUAAAUAAUCAUUAGAAUAAUUAAGAUAAACAAUGUUUAAUAUUAUCUUUUAAGUUUGUAAAUUUAGUAUUAAAUUAGGUCAAGAUGUUUUUGUAUAAAUACCGCCAGUUUUAAAUAUAUCGGGCAUUGGUAUUGUAACCGUUGUAACGAGCAUUACAAGUGUUUUCUUAUAUAACGUAUCGUCAUUUUCGCCGCCACCCUGGUAAUCCACCUUCUAUACUUCAGAAGUGGGAUAAUGUCUGGCCCAUAUAUCGACGGACUUGGUACGAAGAAAAGGAGACGCUGCGAGAACGCUGUACUCGACAGCGACGAAUCAUCAAGUUUUUUUUCUUCAUCCGAUGACGAAGAGAUCUUGGAGAAACACAGGCGAUAUAAGAAGCGGCGUGUCACCCAAACCGAUGCGGAGGUUAUUCCAACGUUCCGACCGGAUGAAAAAUCUAGCAACGUCAAGGGAUGGUUGCAUAAGAUCGACCAAUUGGGCGACGUGUACGGAUGGGACAACAAAGAUCGACAGUUCAUCAUGCAGAUACGUCUUCGAGGGUCGGCUAGAGACUGGUAUGACGAUCUGGAUGACUAUGACCUCACAUGGAUGGAGUGGAAGGACGCUUUAGGGACCGCGUUCCCACGUUCUACUGACUUUGUGGAUCUACUUGAAUCUAUGCUUGCUAGAAAGAAAACGAAUACGGAAACUAUGACAAAAUAUUUCCACGAGAAGGUUUCCUUAUUAAAAAAAUGCAAUAUCAUUGGCGAGUCUGCAAUUUCGUGCAUAAUUCGCGGUCUACCCAUGGAAAUAAGAGCCAACGCGAAAGCUUUCCAAUGCAGUACACCACAGCAACUAUACUACGGGUAUUUGUCGUCAUUGGAAAACUACAGACAAAUUGAAGCCAGCCAUCCGCGACCGACUACCACAUGGCGAAGAGCGGGCGCCGUUGCUACAAUUGCAAGAGGGAGUGACUUUCAACCGAAGAAAUGUUACGCCUGUCGAAGAGAAGGUCAUGAAGCAAAGGACUGCAAGGUGCCACGCUGCGAGGUGUGCCAUCGCCCGGGUCACACGUCUGCCAGCUGCUGGCAUGCGGCCAGCUCUUCACACCAAAAAGUAAGUGAUGUUUUAUUUACAACAUACAACAUACAUAGAUUUGUAUAAAAAGGUAGUAGCAAUUAAUGGUUGUAGUCUCAUCGCAUACAUAGAUACGGGCAGCAAAUUAAAUAUUCUCACUAUGGCAUAUGCUGAUAAGCUAAAAUUAAAAAUUCAGCCGUCCGUUGUUACAAUGAGAG